AGAGUCCAAAGACCACAGGUGUGGCUUCCUCAGAGCCUGCUUCCUCACCCUCAGGCCACCUGAUCCUCAGUAGGUCUCUGCCCGAGGCAGCUGGCAGAGAAGCCAAACAGAGCUCCCCCAGACAGCAUUGGACCACCGGCUCAAACUUCACCUCUUUUGGGGACAAGACACCAGGCUUCACUGGCACUCAGGAAGCUCUCCUCAGCAGUGUCAACAUGUCCAGGCCCAGCAGCAGAGCCAUCUACUUACACCGGAAGGAAUAUUCCCAGAGCAUAGCCUCAGAACCUACACUCCUGCAGCACAGGGUAGAGCAUCUGAUGACAUGUAAGUUGGGGACACAGAGAGUCCGGGAGCCCAAGGAUGCUCUACAGAAGCUUCAGGAGAUGGAUGCCCAGGGCCGAGUGUGGAGCCAAGACCUGAUCCUGCAGGUCAGAGAUGGCUGGCUCCAGCUGCUAGACAUUGAGACUAAGGAGGACCUGGAUUCUUACCGCUUGGACAACAUCAAGGCCAUGGAUGUAGCACUCAAUACCUGCUCCUACAACUCCAUCUUGUCCAUCACCGUGCAGGAGUCUGGCCUGCCAGGCAUCAGUACUUUGCUCUUCCAAUGCCAGGAAGUGGGGGCAGAGCAGCUGAGGACAAGCUUGCAGAAGGCCCUGGAGGAAGAGCUAGAAGAAAGCAGACCUCGAUUUGGAGUCCUUCAUCCAAGCCAGGACAGAUGGAAGGGGCCUCCUGUGGAAAGGCCACUCCCCAUACAACAGACAUACCCUCUGGAGCAGAGGUUCUCUCCAGAGCAGAGGUUCCCUCCAGAACAGCCCCACACCAUGACCCCAGAACGCAGCAUCCCACCAUCCCCAAGGCCUCUGACGCACUACCCAAGUGCCCGAGAACCUAAUGGCUUCACUCUGCCUCCUCCUCCAAGGCGUGCUCCAUCUCCUGAGGACCCAGAGAGGGAUGAGGAGGUGCUGGACCACCUGCUGAGAGAUAUUGAGCUGUUCGCUGGGAAGCUGAAGGAGGCCAAGGCAAAAGACAGUCGAAAGAAGAGAAAACUUGGGAGAAAAAAGAAUAAGACUAAAAAUGGCAUAACACAAGCACAGUACAUUGACUGCUUCCAGAAGAUCAAGCUCAGCUUCAACCUCUUGGGCAAGCUGGCCUUCCGGCUACAGGAAACAACUGCCCCUGAGUUCGUGGGCCUCCUCUUCCAAACCCUGAAUUUUAUCCUGUCUCAAUGCCCCGAGGCUGACCUUACAGCCAAAGUGAUUUCACCUCUCCUCACCCCCAGAGCCAUAGACUUGCUGGAGUCCUGCCUGAGCCCACCCGAGAGCACUCUCUGGAAGUCACUAGGCAUAGCCUGGACCACUAGCCAGGAUGACUGGACAGGCAGUGAACCGCCACCUUACCAGCCCACAUUCUCCGAUGGCUGGCAGAUCCCAGGGCCCUAUGCCACGGAACCCCUAAGAAGCCAGGAUUCUAUUUCCCUUCGAGGUUCCAGGAUGAGGAGCAGCCCACACUUCACUCAAGAUGAGCCAUACAACCAUAGCCCCGGGCACGAGGACACAAACCUCCCACCCUCCAGCCCCAGGCCUGCAAAACCAGUCCUGAAGAUGCAAGUCCUGUAUGAGUUUGAAGCAAGGAAUGCACAGGAACUGACUGUGGCACAGGGAGAGAUUCUGGAGAUUCUGGACCAGAGCAAGCGAUGGUGGCAGGUGAAGAAUGAAGCAGGGCAGACUGGUUAUAUUCCCAGCAACAUCCUGGAGCCCCUGCCAGAUGGAGCCUCUAGAGGCCACAACCAGUCAUCCUUUAGGGCUCCAAUGCUUCGUCUUAGCUCAAAGCCUGAGGAGGUCACAGCCUGGCUACGAGCAGAGAACUUCUCCACUGUCACCGUAAGGACUCUUGGGUCCCUAGUGGGGAGCCAGCUACUUCACAUGAGACCUGGGGAGCUGCAGAUGCUGUGUCCGCAGGAGGCCCCACGAAUCCAGGCCCGGCUGGAUGCUGUCAGAAGGAUGCUGGGGAUGAGUCAUUAGAGACCACCUCAAAUACCUCCAAAACCAAGGACUUCUUAUAUGCAAGAUGUAGUAUCUGGUACCCGCUUAGAUCCCUCGGAAGUCCUCUUUCAGUUUGUGGCAAACCACACUAUCCCAGAUCACACGGCAAAGAAGAUGAACAGGCCCAGGCAUCCAGGCAAACGGUACCUUUUUUGGGUUGGAGCCUGUCUCCAGUUACUAUUUAUUUUACCCCCAUCCUAAGCUUGGCGUACUUAUUCCUAGUCUCUUCAAUAAAAAGCAUCCUCAAGCCUG